CCCAUGAGUCACAACACCUGCUCCGACUCGGAAAGUAAGGGGCAUUAAAACCCAUCGUUCUUACAGUAAAAGCCUUUCCUAGAAUUCCAUCAAAUAUCAAUCACGGCAUAAUCAUAUUACCCGACCUUUGGAAGUAAAACGACGGGAAGGCUGCUAGUUUUCUCAGCUGAAGGAUCUCGGUGAUGUACGACUUGACUAUACUAGAAACUCCGAUACAUCAUUCGUUAACGACACGUGUGGGGCAUGAGCUCGUUUUCUUCAAAUGAAGUGACUGCGGUCCUUCUAUUGGGCGUGGCGAACCAUGUAUUAUUUCAUCGGUACGAGCCCUCGAGGUCGAACUUGGGAUUCGCGAUCCUAGUCCUAGCGGUCCAACCCCUGCUACUGUUCCUUUACCUCCUCUUCCACUCCUCCCAAACCAUACCCUUCGAGUCCCAUACCAAUACUCUUCUCCCCCUCCUCCGCAUCUAUACCAGUUUUUACCUCACCCUAGCAACCUCCAUCGCCUUAUACCGCCUCUCUCCCUUCCAUCCUCUCGCCAAAGUCCCGGGUCCCACUCUCGCCAAGGUCAGUAAGCUGUGGGGUCUAUGGGCAUGUUCGACGGGUCGACAACACAUGAUCAAUAAACAGUUACAUGAUAAGUACGGGUCUACAGUUAGAACCGGACCAAAUGAAAUAUCAACUAUCGACUUGUCCGCUAUAAGCGCUGUCCUUGGCGCUAGUGGUUUGCCCAAGGGGCAAUGGUACUCUGUCCGCCAAGACCUUAGGGCGCCGAAAAGCCUUCUCUCUCUUUCCGGAGAUGAACAUGCCAGCAGAAGGAAGUUAUGGAAUCGAGGGUUGAGUUGGGAGGCGUUACGAGAACAUGAAAGGGAUUUAUGGAAACGAGUUGAAGAACUUUCCGAUGCGAUAGCAUUCUGGGAAGAGGGGCAAGGACAGGGGCAAGGGCAGUCUGGGAAGGGAAUCGUCGAUAUUGGGAGGUGGUUUGAAUAUUUCACGUUUGAUUUCAUGGGUGAAAUGGCCUUCGGUCACGGUUCCCAGAUGGUCAAGGAAGGCGGUGACAAGGCAGGUCUGUUGAAGGAGCUCAAAAAGUUCUCAUGGAUUCGAGCCUUCCUCAGUCACGUCCCAUGGACAUUCCAAUUGGCACAUAAACUCCCGUUCACCUCCCACCAGCUUCUUUCCGUUCGCGACUACGGGAUGGUUUGUGCACAGAGGCGCGUUCAAGAAGGAGCGACGAAGAAAGACUUGUGGUACUAUCUCAACGAUGAAGCUAGUCUCGAGAAAACCGAACCUCCGCUAUCCAACGUUCUUGCGGAUGGAAUGGUCGCUGUCCUUGCAGGAUCAGACACCGCUGCCGGAGUGAUGACGAUCGUGUUAUGGUGUCUACUCGCACAUCCAGAGUGGUAUACUCGGGUCGAAUCGGAAAUCGAUAUGGCGAUUGGUGAAAACCUAGAAGAGGGGUUCGAGUAUUCAGAGCUCGCCAAGAAACUGCCUUGUUUACAGGCUUGUAUAACCGAGAGUCUUCGACUCUUCCCCGCCGUUCCAACAAAUGGUCCGCGCCAAGUACCAGUAGGCAGUGGAGGAAGGGUCAUAUCUGGCUUCUUUUUACCAGAGUGCACUCAAGUCUACGUUCCUCCUUACGCCAUUCACCGCAGCCCAACGUACUUUUCCCCCGCCCCCGAAGACUUUGUACCCGAACGAUGGAUGACGUCGACGUCGACGAUACCACCACCCUCUGUCCCACUCUCCGAGCGCUCUUCUGAAGAACAUACAUACACAUAUACAUACACAACGAACCAAAACGCAUUUCUCGCAUUCUCCUUCGGUCCAGCCAACUGCGUCGGUAAAAAUCUCGCCAAGAUGCAAAUCACCCUCGUACUCGCUCUGUUAAUGAAACGAUUUCGAUUCAAAUUCGCACCCAGCUUCGAUUGGGAAACGUGGCCGGGGAGACUACAAGAUUUUUUUGUCGUUCAUAGGGACCCGUUGUAUGUGGAAAUGGUUGCGCGAUGAAGUGGGUGGCCUCCCUCCCAGCCCUCAGGCCUGGGCACGACUUGGGUAUCCAGACCAACUUGAACAUCAGAUUGAUUGAUUAGAGUGAGUCUGCCAUGCCGCUCUUGGUAGCUUCCUAAAUCACCAAAAUCAUACAUUCAUACUUUUUAAUGGUAUGUAGUAUGUACUACCUGAUGCACUUCUCUGCCCAAACACUUCUGAAAUGAUCCAGAGAUGUGUGGAAUAGGUUUAUUUACAUGGUCACUGCCAUCAGUUUGGAUUGCAUUCUAUAUCAUAGAGUAUAGCUCUUCUA